AUGCUCGCGGAUGCCGAGUCGCCGUCGGAAGGCAGCCGGACCAUCGCGGCGAUCGAGUCGGAGUAUCCGACGCCUCCGGAGCUCAGCAUUGCUGCGUGGCGCCGUCGUAUCUCUGAGCAGACAGAAGUGUCAUCGCCUCACCUUCUGGCCCGGCUCGACAGGCCUGCACUGCACGCAUCCUCACCAGCGGAGGGGCCGCGGCCGUCAUCGUCGGAAAGACCCCGCUGCGACUUUUACCGCCGAGCCAGCUGGGCGCCCGACGGCUCUGUGCUCUUGGCCAUCACAGAGUCACAACGAAAUCACAUCCUUGGAUGCUAUCCCUCGAAAGCGGAUGACCCGAGGCCGAGCACCAACGUCGAUGGCUGCCGAGGUGCGGUGGAGUUGCUGGGCGAGACGAAGGGCCCAUCGCCUCUCCUCGACGCGAUCUGGUAUCCAGUACCAGCAUUGGACUCUGCACACGGCACCGCCGAGGAGCAUGGGACUGGUCAGACAGAAGCAGCUGCGGUCGGGGCGACGCCGACCAUGACGUGGUGCUUUGCUGAAUCGCAUCGGGACCUUCCGACUCGACUCACGGCGAGCAGCACCGGCGAGGCGCGCGCGAGCUACUCGAUCAUGAACCACGUUGAGCGAUUCGUCGGUCCGCACGCGCUUGCCUUCAGCCCUGAUCUCUCGCGGCUCUACUGUGGCCUGUGGUCUGCUCUGGCUGCCUUUCCACUAUCGCGGCCGGGUCUCAACACGCAUUCGUCCCUGCCGCUCGUCGCAGGCAAGCGCUCCCGAGGCGGCCAGCGCGGCAUCAUAUCUGCGCUCACAACAGCGCCCGAUCCAGCCAACCCUGCACACGAUCUCGUGGCCGCAGCAACCUUCAGCGGCAGUGUGGGCAUCUACGACUUUGAUCCCACCGCGUUUCCCGAGCCUGCCGAACACACGGCCAGGCAUGACGAGGACAUGCUCGCGCAAACAUCGUGUCUGGCGGGGUGGAGCGAGAUCGAAGGCGAUGGCAUCACGCAACUCAGGUUUCAUCCGCUCACCCCGUAUGUGCUCUUUGUGGCGUCACGCCGCUCGAACCAUAUCUACGUAUAUGACAUUCGCUAUCUGAUGGGCGAUUCGGCAAGGUGGAAUUUUCGCCCCCUGAGCCAGCCAGCGCCGGGCGUGCGAUCGGCACAUUUGCUCGCCAAGCUGCACAGACCCGCAGGAGCCAGUGCACAGAGACUCUACUUUGACAUCGACUGGGCAGGCCGUUGGCUGGCUUCGGGAGAUGACGAAGGUGCGAUCCAUCUCUGGCGCAUCGACACCGGCCGCUUCAGCGACUCGGACGACGCAGCUGGCCAGGCUGAAAUCAAACCAGACUUGAGCUGGAUGGCACACCAAGAUGCGGUCGGGUCUGUGUCGUUCCAUCCUCACCAGCCGUGGCUGGCGUCCGUAUCGGGAUCGCGGCAUUGGCCGGAGGAUGGAGAAAGCGGCAGCAGUGAGUCUGAUCGAGACUCGUCGAAUUCCGACUCUGGAGUGGCCUCGGAUUCGUCCGCUGGCUCGGGCCGCUUGCGCGCAUGGCAGACGCGCGACAGCUCCCUCAAGAUUUGGGACUUUUCCGACCCAGACGUCCAAGCAAUCUAG